AGAAAACAAACCAGUCCACACAGCUCCAAAUUUCCUGCAAACGAGGCGCGGGAGAGGGGGUGGCACCCGGCCUUCCCGGAGCCCUUCCUUGGCUGCCUGACGGGGACGAUGAGUGGGUCAGGGAAGCUGAGGCGAGGUGCACGGUCCUUGCCUGGUCGCUCUGAAGGCCCCAGCGGCAGCGCCAGCGCCCCUGUCUUGCUGCCAGAACUCCAGACCCCUGAUGCCAAUGGGCUUACUUGGCUGUGGAAGAUUAUCCUAAGUGUAAUGUGUGUAUUGACUUUUCUUCUCGUUGGACUCCAAAAUCAUCAGUGGCUUCAAGAAACGGUGAUUCCUCAGAAAUCCAGACAAUUGUAUGAUGUCUUUGCAGAAUAUGGCACAAGGCUUUGUCGUUACCAGGCCAGAUUUCGCAUGCCCCGAGAACAGCUGGAACUUCUGAAGAAGGAAAGCCAGACCCUGGAGAACAAUUUUCGCGAGAUUCUAUUUUUGAUUGAGCAAAUGGACAUGCUGAAGGCGUUGCUCAGGGACAUGAAGGACGGCAUGUAUGAUGACAGUGGGAGUGGCCCCAGGGAUGUCACCCAGGAUCAGGACAGCAUUGAGUUGCCAGACGAGGAAAUGCUCCGCCUGGUGCAUUAUGUGCUUAAAAAGCUGAGAGAGGACCAGGUGCAGAUGGCUGACUACGCCCUGAAGUCGGCGGGGGCCUUCAUUGUUGAGUCUGAAACCUCGGAAAGCUACACAAAUAAUAAGUCAAAGCUGUACUGGCACGGAAUAGGGUUCCUAAAUCAUGCAAUGCCUCCAGAUGUUAUUCUUCAGCCAGAUGUCCACCCUGGAAAGUGCUGGGCCUUUUCGGGUUCCCAGGGUCAGAUCCUCAUCAGGCUGGCCCGGAAGAUCAUCCCAAUAUCUGUCACCAUGGAGCACAUCUCAGAGAAGGUGUCGCCGUCAGGAAACAUUUCCAGUGCACCCCAGGCGUUUUCUGUCCACGGCCUUAAGAGAAGAUGUGAAGGAGAAGAAAUUUUCCUAGGUCAGUUCAUCUACAACAAAACAGAAGCCACAGUCCAAACGUUUCACCUACAGCACGAAAUCUCUGAACCCUUAUUGUGUGUGAGAUUGAAAAUCCUCAGCAACUGGGGCCACCCACGCUACACCUGUUUGUAUCGGUUCAGGGUCCACGGCAUCCCCAGCGACCAUACCUAGAGGCGCUGGGGCCGAAGACCGAGACCACGCCUGUGGCACGGUAAAGAUUCCUGGUGGAUGACUGAGGCCGCACCCCAGGAAGCAAGAGUGGGCGUGGGGAGGAACCGCAGAGUGGUUCCUAU